UUUUCAAUCAAAAUGAGUAGAAAACCCAUUUUUCUAUAAGACAAGUAAACAUCAUAAGGCUAUAUUUAUAACUAACCUACUCAAAUAUAAACUGGUAGAUAGGCCGAUACAAGAAUUGCUAAUAUGAAAAGCACUGAACACCUUCUAAUGGGUAUUUUAUAUAUAUUAUUCAGCUCCUUAACAUAAUUCUCCAUUUUCUGCUUUGAGCACUGCAAUGUAAUCAUAAGAUGCUUCCUUCUUGAGUAACAGGGUAGAUGAGAAUAAUGUUGGAUUUUAACAAAUUGUGAAACAUGUCAACCAAAUGAUAAUGGAGAAAUCGCAAGCACAAGAACUAAAGAUUAAAGAAUUAUAAAAUCAAAUAGAUUCAAACAGAACUAUUAUUUUUGAUAUUAGAGGACAAAAUCCAAUAAAUGCUGAAUAGUUAAGCAUAAAAUUUAAAUAGUUUGAAGAAUCUGUAAUUUUUAUUUUUCAAUUUUUCUAGAUCAAAACAUAAAUAAAAAAGGCUUAAGAGGAAUUAAUGAGUUAAUAGGUUAAUUUUUAAAACGAUUAUUAAAAUAAGUUCAAAGAAUUACAAGACUAGACUGAUAAUAAAUUAAAAUUGAUAUAAAAAGAAAACUAGUAAAAUUUAGUUAAAUUAAAAGAAGACUCUCAAUUGAGAAUUGCUCCUUAAAAUAAUCUAAGUGAAGAUAAAACAAUUAAGGAUAUUCAAUAAAAAAUUAAAGAUCUUCAAUUAUUAUUUGAUUCUUAACAUAAUGAAUUCGCUAUAUAUGAUUAAAAGACUAAGUACAAAUUCCAUUUUAUUUCAAUUAGAUAACAAUUAGCAAAAUUAGAAAAGAAUUUGAGUGAACAAUCUUAAAAAAUUAGUGUUUAAGAGGAAUAUACUAUUUCUUAAUUUAGGACAUUUUAAAAUGAUUAAUAAAACAAUAUUGCUUAAGCAAGUAAAAAACUGUCAGAUGAUAUCGAAAUCAAAUUAUAAUAGGUUUAGAAUAUAAUCCAGUAAAAAAAAUUUUCUUAAUCUGAUAAGUAAUGGAUAACAUAUAAAUUAGAUUGACAGAAUUAACACUUCAAUAGGCAGAUUUAAAUAAAAUCACUCAAGGAGUGUUUGAUCUACAGAAUUCAUAAAAGUUACUUUCUUAGCAAUACUAAGAAUUAACUCUCAGGAUUGAUUAACAUCUUUCAUAAAAUUCUAAGCAAGAACUAUAUCUCAAGCAAUUAGAAUAGAAGGUUGAUUAGGUACAUAUAUGCAAUUAAUAAGUUUUAGAAUAAAGAUGAAAGUGAUAAUGGAAUUACAUAAUUAAAAUUAGAACUUUCUAGUUUAACCAAAUAAUUUGAAAGAAUUAAAUAAGAAUAUAAAAAUUAAUUUGAAUAUCUCUAAGAUUUAUAAAAUAAAUCAAAUGAAGAGAUCAGAAAGUCGCAUUAAGAAUUACUGUUUUCAUUUAAGCAGACAGAGUAGACCAAUUGGAUAGAUGAAUAUAAUAAGAAAAAGCCUGAAAUACAAUUAGCACAGGUCUAAGUUUUUAAUUAUGAGGAAGACUCUGAGAGUAAAAGUGAUUAGCAAUUAAAUGAAUUAUCAGAAUAAAACAACAUUGUAUUAGAUUAGUCUCUAUUUUUAGGAAUAAAUAGAACAUGAGUUUGAGAAGGAAGCGUUUAUGGAUAAAUUGAAGGCAUUGAGUCCUUCUAAGAAUAGUUAAUUUUAGGAGGAGAAGAUAGUCGAAGUGAAAGAGGAGGAUUAACAUUAGAAAAACGAUUAAAAAGGAGAUGACGAAGAUGAUGAUGAAGAAAAUGAAGCAACAUAUUAACUGGACGAAAAUGGUUUCUUAUUAGAUGACGAAGGCAAUUAUUUAUUAGAUGAAAAUGGUUAGAUGAUUCAAUUAAAUGAAACCUAAAUAGAGUAUUUAAGAAAGUAAGACAUGGUUUAAGAGGAAGAUAUUUGA